GAGCGGUCCCUAGUUCUGUUGACUCCGACUUGUUCGUGCAGCCCGAGUCUGGCCACCCCUCAGCCACAAGGAUGCUCCUGGGGUUCCGGAGAGGCCGCAAGAGUCAGUUUAGACACAUCGUCCAUGGCCUUCUUCCUGCAGCCAGCAUCGCCCCGAAGCCAGCUGUGCCCCGCACGCCGCCUCCCCGCAGCCCGAACCCCUCUCCAGAGAGACCAAGAUCGGCUCUGGCUGCAGUCAUUCUGGCAACCACGCUGACGGGCCGCACCGUCGCCAUUCCCCAGCCUCGGCAGAGGUCCCUGUCGGAGAGUGACAUGACCUGCAUUGACAAGGACAGUGUCAUUGAGCCCUACGCCACCACCGCGGAGCUGAGGCCUCAACCGCAUUGGCAGAGCGAGACAGGAAGAUCUUCUUUGCUGUCCUUUGAGACACUGGGCGACAGGGAGGAAGAGGACUCCAACACCCACCUGUCCUUCAGCUACAAGGAGUUGGGGACUGUCACUGCCCGCAGAGAAGAGGGGGCGCCCCCUGGAGCCGUGUACACCUUGCCACACAGGAAUCAGAAGUUUCCACUAUUGCAUGGACUGGACAGUGAAGACGAAGAGGACAUUUCAGAGCCAGACGGGACUCCAUGUUUACCUCCGCCGUCGCCGCGCACGCAAGACAAAGAUGGGACACGAGCGCUGAGUGUGAAGGAUGACAGGCCGCCGUUACGGGACAAGCCUCCACCCUCCCCAGAUUUAACCAGGAGAACACGUCAAAGAUGUACGGAAAUAAACAAAGAAAAGUUCCAGCAAUUAAAAGAAGAGAAUUUGCAAUUAUGCAACGCAAAUCAAACCCUUAUUCUCGAACUUACCGUCAUGAAACAAGCAAUGAAAGAGCUGCAGUUGAAGCUGAAGAAGACAGAAAAAGAAAACGGGAAGCUGGGAGAAGCUGAGGGGGCGUGUACUCAAGAAGCAGAUGCACCUGAGUUACUUUAUCUAAGAAAACAAGCUCAGCAGCUGGUGGAUGAAAACGACGGCUUGAAAAUGACCAUCCAUCGUCUGAACGUGGAACUGAGUAGAUACCAAACGAAAUUCAGGCAUUUAUCCAAGGAAGAGUGUUUAAAUACGGAUGGCCUCCCAUCAAAAGGCCCUACGCCUCCGUGGUUGCUGGAUAUGAAGUACCUGUCACCCUUGUUGCUGGCUUAUGAAGACAGAAUGAAGGAGAAGGACGAGCUCAGUGCCACCCUGCAGGAGGAAAUGAGAAUGUUUCGGAUGAGAGUCCAGGAGGUGGUGACAGAAAAUGAAGCAUUGCACCGAGAAUUAAAUAAGAGCAGUCCGGUUACCCUCGAGGAAUGGCGGCAACUUCAGACUCAGGCAGAGCUGGUGCUAGAGGAAAACAAAUUGUUGCUAGAGCAGUUGGAGAUUCAGCAAAAAAAAGUCAAGGACACCCACCAGGAGCGUGUCCAGGAAGUUUCCAAAUUGACCAAACAACUAAUCCUUCUGGAGACUAAAACACAGAACCAAGAAAAGGAGCUGAGCAGGAACAAGGAGCAGUUGGAAGCGUUACGAAGCAAAUGCCAAGAACUGAAGGCACAGUUGGAUGGCCAAAUCUCGAUGGACGUUCAUACUUCGAUUGUGAAUGAGUUAAAAGGUCGUUUGCAGAAGGAAGAAGAGAAAAAAAGCGCUGAGAUGGAAGAGCUGAUGGAGAAGCUGACCGUCCUGCAAAUGCAGAAGAAGAGCCUGCUGCUGGAGAAGAACAGUCUGACCGCGAAGAACAGGGCACUGGAAACCGAACUGGAGAAGAGGCAGAAAAAAGACAGGAGAGCGCAAAAAAAGAUUGAUGUCCUCAAAAAGCAGGUGGAAAAAGCCAUGGAGAACGAAAUGUCAGCUCGCCAGUACCUGGCCAAUCUCGUCGGCGUGACAGAGACGGUGACCCAGGAGCGCGACAAUCUUAUGUGCUUGGCUAAAUGUCUGGAAAGUGAGAAGCAUGGAGUUCUCAACAAAAUCAUAGAAGGCAACAUUCGCUUGGGGAGAUUAGAGGAAAAAGUUAAGGGCUACAAGAAGCAGGCAGCCCUGAAGGUGGGUGACAUCAGUCACCGGCUGACAGAGCAGCAGCAGGACUUCGAGAGCAGGACAUCCCAGUACCUGCAGGAGAUGCGGCACCUGCACAGGAUGCUGCAGGACAAGCAGCAGGUCCUGGACCAGGCGCUGCGGCAGAACAGGGAAAUGGAAGGUGAGCUUGAGGUCGUGUGGGAGUCCACCUCCAAGGAAAACCAGAGAAUCCGAGAGCUUCUGAGAACCACACUGGAGAGAGCCGGCGUGCGUGAGGGCGCCAGAGCCUUCGAGGAACCUGGCCUCAACGGCCUCUCCCAGGGAGAUGGGCUGGAGGGCUGUGCCUUCAGCUACUGCGACCUGAAGCCACCCCCCACACCCACCCCAGGGUUUGCGGGAGCCCCUGGGCUAGGCCAGGCCUGAGGGCCAAUCUGCCUUGGGACAGGGAGGGACAGGGCCGGACAGGGCGAGGAAGAAAUAAAUUGCCUCAGAAAUGAA